AAACAUUCUUAGAUUGCAAAAAUGGAGAGACGAGGGGAAAAGACAUUUGAACACCGCUUACGGUCAAGCUUGCUAAAAUAUGUAUUAAAAACAAACUCGAGGACGAUGACGCCUGUGAGAAAGAAUAUUCUUCAAAUCUUGAUGUUUUUGUACGGGGAGGAAACAACAAGCAAUGAUGCUGGAUUUUCUUAUUCCAACGAGAAAGACGUCGCUGAUCAACAAAAGAAGUACGUUUUGUUUGCCUUCUUGUUUAUGGAAGAUCUAAUGAAGAAUUCUGUGACGGCUACAGACCUAUCGACACUUCAAAGAAUGUGGGACCAGCACCUACUGAAUCUGGCCAACAGUGGAAACACAAAAGCAGCUGAAAAUUAUCAGAGAAUUCUAGAAGACAGCGAGGAAACAAUUUUUAAUAUCAAGAGAUUUCAACGUCAACUCUGUAAAACCAGAACUUUCUUGGCCAAGAACAAGGACCCCCAGCCACAGGAGCUAGGCUCCACUUUCCGGUUCAGAAAAUCACACUUGGUGGAGAGGAUGACCACAAAACUGAAGAAGCUGCUACAUGUACAGCGUGACCCAGACGAUUUCUUCAUGCUCAAGUUCAUGGAUGUGAACUAAUUACUGGGAACUUGGGACAGUGACAAAAUGGAAGAAGCUAUGACUGUGUCAAUUCAUGACUUUUGCUUCCUGAUCAACAACCAUCAUCAUUGUCAUCACUACAUCUACACUCUAAAUAUAAAAGAUGUAAUAUUUUUUUCCUCACUCUUUUUUUUUUCCACAGAGAAUCUCAUUUGUUGUAGUGGCGUUUUAGUCACAUACAUUUCCAUGAUUCCUUUUUUUUAACAUUACACACCUAUUUGUUAAUCGUA